AUUCCAAGUGGGUUGGGUUCGGAUUCUCUUCCCGCUCAAAAUUCAAAAGCACAGGUGAAAGAUUAACAAAAUGCAAAAAAGCAUUUAAGCCAAGACGGACUAAGAAACGGAGCAGGAAGAAGACAUGGUGUUGGACAUGGAAGCAGAGAAGGCGCUAAUGCAGAAGAUUGCUAGGGUUUUAGACGAAAGUGGAGCCUCAAACGCCGCUCACAUCAGAAAGCUCAAAGACCUCUCUACCUUCCGAUCGGCUUCCUCAUCUUCCCUCUUCUUCUCCGCUUUUUCCAAAACCCUAAUUCCCCUUUUUGCUUUCCCCAGACGCACGUCCUCCGCGGAGAGGACGGUCAGAUUUAUCGCAACCUUUGCGAGUAAAUGUGACUCCACCACCGCUUUCUUGGAGGAAUUCUUCCGCUUCCUUGUUAAUGCUGCCACUGCUGCUAACAAGACUGCGCGCUUCCGGGCCUGUCAGAUGAUUUCUGAGAUUAUAAUGCGACUGCCGGAUGAUGCAGAAGUAAGCAAUGAACUUUGGGAUGAGGUGAUAGAAUGCAUGAGGCUGCGUGUGGGGGAUAAGGUUCCUUUAGUCCGUGCACUUGCAGUUAGGGCUCUUGCACGCUUUGCAACUGAUUCUGAAAACAGUGAUAUCCUUGAUUUAUUCCUUGAGGCACUGCCUUUAGAGCAUAAUGCUGAGGUUCGUAAAAUGAUAGUAUUAUCUUUGCCACCUUCAAAUGCUACUUCAGUGGCAAUCCUUGAUCAUACCCUUGACGUGAGUGAGGUAGUACGCAAAGCAGCAUACUAUGUUCUUGCUAAUAAAUUUCCUCUCCAAAGUCUUAGCAUCAAAGUUAGGACAAUUAUUCUUCAGAGGGGACUUGCUGAUCGUUCUGCAGCUGUUACAAAGGAGUGUCUGAAAUUAUUGAAGGAUGAGUGGCUUGUUAAAUGCUGCAACGGGGACCCUAUAGAGCUUCUCAAGUAUCUCGAUGUUGAAACCUAUGAAUUGGUUGGAGAAUCUGUAAUGGAAGCUCUCCUAAAAGCUGGGGCAGUACAAUUGCAGGAUGAUCAAAGUAUUCGGCAGUUCAUAGUAGCAACCAGCAAUGAAAUUGAAGGAGAGUCAGGCCACUGCAUCCCAAGAAUCCAACUAAUGGAAGCAGAGGUUGCUCUUUAUUGGAAAACUGUGUGUAGGAAUUUGCAGCUGAAAGCACAAGAAAGAGGCUCUGAUGCUGCUGCAACAAUGGGUACUGAAGCAGCAGUGUAUGCAGCAGAAGCAUCAGACAAUAAUGACCUUCUAGAUAGAGUUCUUCCUGCAAUGGUUUCUGACUAUGUAGAAUUGGUCAAAGCUCAUCUUGAUGCUGGAUCAAAUUAUUGUUUUGCAUCUCGGCAGCUACUGUUGCUCGGUGCUAUGCUCGAUUUCUCUGAUGCUACAAACAGGAAGGUUGCUAGUGGUUUUGUGCAGGAACUAUUGCACAAGCCUAUUGAAUAUGAAGUGGAUGAAGAUGGGAACAAAGUUGUCAUGGGAGAUGGGGUAAAUCUUGGUGGUGACCGAGAGUGGGCUGAUGCAGUGUCAGGGUUGGCAAGGAAAGUCCAUGCUGCUGUUGGUGAAUUUGAAGAAGUUCUUCUUGGCGUUGUAGAGGAGCUUGCUCAGCCUUGUAGGGAGAGAACAGCAGAUUUCCUGCACUGGAUGCACUGCCUUUCUGUGACUGGCCUUCUCUUGGAAAAUGCUAAAUCAUUCCGUUGGAUGCAAGGGAAAUCCAUUGAACCUGAUGAGCUACUGCAGUCCCUAUUGCUUCCAGGGGCAAAGCAUGUUCACUUGGAUGUGCAGAGGGUUGCUACCAGGUGUCUUGGCCUUUUUGGGUUGCUGGAGAGGAAGCCAAGUGUGGAACUAGUAAAACAGUUGAGGUUUUGUUUUAUUAAGGGCCCUUCUUCAAUUAGUAUUGUGGCUUGUAAGGCAUUGAUUGAUAUUGGAAUGUGGCAUGGUCCCCAGGAAGUAGAUAGAGCAAUGGGGCUGGAGCUCUCAUCACUGCUUCAUGAAAAUAAGAUGACCUUUAGUCCUGUUAAUUUGUGUGAUAUGAAUGAGGAUUGGAAUGUUGAAUUGCUUGAUCUGUUAUAUGCCGGACUCAAUGUAAAUGAUUGGAUCAAAUCUGUAGAUAUGGAUGAGAAUGAGUCAGUUCAAGCUAUCCUAGGGGAGGGGUUUGCAAAGAUUCUUCUUCUGAGUGAGAACUAUCCAAGCAUACCUGCUUCAUUACAUCCUUUAUUCUUGAGCAAGCUUAUAAUCCUAUAUUUCAGUAAUGAAACUAAAGAACUGCAGAGGUUGAAACAGUGCCUAUCUGUAUUCUUUGAGCAUUACCCAUCACUCUCAGCUGAUCACAAGAAAUGUAUAUCCAAAUCUUUCAUGCCUGUCAUGCGUUCAAUGUGGCCAGGGAUCAAUACCAGAGCAGGGGGAUCUCCUUUUAUGGUGUCUAAUAUGCGUAAGCUUGCAGUUCAGGCAUCACGUUUUAUGCUGCAAAUGAUGCAAGCUCCCUUAUAUGCAAAAGAGACUAAAAAACAGAAUGAAAACCAAAAUAAUGAACUGCCUGAAGUGCUAGAUGGUUUUUCCGAGCCUUUACUUGAUUUUGAAUGUGGGGAGGAGGGUCUUGCUAUCCGCAUAGCUGCAGAGGUGGUAAGUUUUCAUGCAAAGAAGACACCUGCCCAGAAAUCCUAUGUCUCAGCACUAUGUAGAGUACUCGUGUUGCUUCAUUUCCGGUUAUCGGAACAAGGGGCAAUAAAGUUAAUGAGGAGGCUUUUAAAUCGUGUAGCUGAAUCUGCAUUUGCAGAACGUGAGGUUGUAAAAGAGUUGAAGCGCAUGGCCGAACGUCUUAAGGCAAUAGAUAGAGAACCUGAUCAGGAAUUAUCCCAAGAGCAGGCAAAUUGUAUUUUGGGAAGGUUAGAGCUUGAAUUGAACUUUGAUGUGGAUGAUUCCAUGGAAAUACAACCAACACCAGUCUCACGCUCGAGCAGGCCUGCUCGUACCAGGCAAGGAGUAAGAAAUCAAGAGUCUUCCUCUGAAGAAGAACUGUCACCCACUUCUUUUGUUCCUAAGGUUACUGGCACAACAAACACACGCUCACAGAGGGCAAGCAAAAUUGCAGCACUGACCAAGAUGACUGCUAAUAGAGCUGUGAGGAUAAGCAACGAAGAUGAUGAGGAACAAGGAUCAGCAGUGACAUCUCAGGAGGAUUCCGAUGAAUCUGAUCAGUCUGAUGAAUGAGAAGAUGGAGAUGACGCCAUUAUUGUGACCUGUGCCUCUACUCAUUUGCGGCUGGAUGGUUGUUUGUCAGGUUGGUUUAAGUUUUAACCACAGAUUGUAUGAAAGGAUUCACCAGUGUCUUGCUGAGGUCGUGUUAUGGCACUAAUAGAAGGUGGUCUUGUUUGCUAUUCUACAAGCCAGUAGUUACUAUGUUCUGGCUUUUUCCCACUUCUUUUGAGGGGUUCACGAUGUCAUGAACCAGAUUGCUUUUUAGUGUUCAGUGAUUUUAAUUUUUGAUUUCUAGUUAUUGUU